CGCGGGGCCGAGCGGCGGACCUGGUGCAGCAGCUCCCGACGGUGCGCCCCGAGCGCGCGUGCCGCGCCACCAUGAGGGCGCGGCCGCGGGUGUGCGAGGCGCUCCUCUUCGCCCUGGCGCUCCAGACCGGCGUGUGCUACGGCAUCAAAUGGCUGGCGCUGUCCAAGACCCCGGCGGCCCUGGCGCUGAACCAGACGCAGCACUGCAAGCAGCUGGAGGGGCUGGUGUCUGCGCAGGUGCAGCUCUGCCGCAGCAACCUGGAGCUCAUGCACACCAUCGUGCACGCUGCCCGCGAGGUCAUGAAGGCCUGCCGCAGGGCCUUUGCGGACAUGCGCUGGAACUGCUCCUCCAUCGAGCUUGCCCCCAACUACCUGCUUGACCUGGAGAGAGGGACCCGGGAGUCGGCCUUCGUGUAUGCGCUGUCGGCGGCCGCCAUCAGCCACGCCAUCGCCCGGGCCUGCACCUCCGGGGACCUGCCCGGCUGCUCCUGCGGCCCCGUCCCAGGUGAGCCACCCGGGCCCGGGAACCGCUGGGGAGGAUGUGCGGACAACCUCAGCUACGGGCUUCUCAUGGGAGCCAAGUUUUCCGAUGCUCCUAUGAAGGUGAAAAAAACAGGAUCCCAAGCCAAUAAACUGAUGCGUCUACACAACAGUGAAGUGGGGAGACAGGCUCUGCGCGCCUCUCUGGAAAUGAAGUGUAAGUGCCAUGGGGUAUCUGGCUCCUGCUCCAUCCGCACCUGCUGGAAGGGGCUGCAGGAGCUUCGGGAUGUGGCUGCCGACCUCAAGACCCGCUACCUGUCGGCCACCAAGGUGGUGCACCGCCCCAUGGGCACCCGCAAGCACCUGGUGCCCAAGGACCUGGACAUCAGGCCUGUGAAGGACUCAGAGCUUGUCUAUCUGCAGAGUUCGCCCGACUUCUGCAUGAAGAACGAGAAGGUGGGCUCCCACGGGACGCAAGACAGGCAGUGCAACAAAACAUCCCAUGGCAGUGACAGCUGUGACCUCAUGUGCUGCGGCCGUGGCUACAACCCCUACACAGACCGCGUGGUCGAGCGCUGCCACUGCAAGUAUCACUGGUGCUGCUACGUUACCUGCCGCCGCUGCGAGCGCACAGUGGAGCGCUACGUCUGCAAGUGAGGUCCCACCUGCGCCCCCGGGACCCUUGGAGCCCCCUGCGCCCCCCACCCCGGGGCCCGGACACACCCCGUGGAUUGUCGCUUGGGGAUCCCAGAUGCCUGGCAUGGGAGGUGGCUUGUGCUUUGCCUCCACUUGGAAACCACCACUGCCAGGGACAGAAGGCCUGGCCACCCUGGAAGGAGGGCCCGGACAUCAGAGGAAACCGACGAGAUUAAAAAUAACCUGGCAGCCCGAGCCGGGGAGUGCCCACGCGCUGCCUUCCAGGCCGGCCUCAGAAGCCAGGGCCAUGGGUUUGGCAGGACUGGUAUGGACUUGACCUUUCGCAGCCAGAGACACCAGCCUCCCGGGAAGGGGGUGCGGUCAGCUGGCCUUCAUCAGAAUGUUCUGCAGGCCCAGCCCUUGAGACCCCCACGCCGGCCCCAGGGUCUGAGCCUGCUGGGCCCACCACAUGGAACCACUAGCUUGGGUUGUAAAUGUUUUGUUUUUGUGUUUUUUUGUUUUUUUUUUUUUUUGUUUUUUUUUUGGUUUUGUUUUGUUUCUUCCUCUGGGAUGUGGGAGCUACAGAAAUAUUUAUAAAACAUAGCUUUUUUU